AGGUACGUGCAUAUUUCUUCCUCUCGGUAGCGCUAAAAUCCCCAAUACAUCUAGGGUUUUAGCCCCUCUCUCCGUCGACCAAGACUCUAAUCUACAGUACACUACACACAGAAUCAAAUAGAAGCAACGAUGUUCCCAGGCAUGUUUAUGCGCAAACCAGAUAAGGCGGCGGCCUUGAAGCAGUUGAAGGUCCACGUAGCUAUGUUUGGAGUGUGGGUAGCUGUGGUUCGUGUCACUCCUUACAUUCUGCAUUACCUCUCUGAUGAAAAAGAAGAGCUCAAGAUUGAGUUCUAGAGGCCACCUCUCAUUCUUUUCAGUGGAUUGACAAGGAGAAAACUGGAGAAUGAAAAGAAUUUGCAAGUUCCAGGUUCCUUUUUCGCUUUAGUAUGAAGCUGAUGUGUAAUCACAUUAGGUUGUUUAUGUACUUGCUUUGGUCAUGCUUGUUAGUCUUUUCAUUGAAAUGAAACUAGUCAUAUCUAGUUAAAUAUGCAUUUUACUGGUUCUGUUGGUAUUUGGAUUUUGAGAGUGAUAGCACUGGAUAUUGCAGUGAUGUCCAGAUUUUCACAUGCUGAGGUCUAACAGCCUAAGAUCAACACUUUUCUGAAUAUAUGGCUAUCUUUUUGUUGGAAUGAAAGUAUUCUUCAUGUGUAUUUUAUGAUCUACAACACUAAACUUUUUGGGAUUUGUGGUUGCCUCUACUAACAAUCUCAUUUCUAAGGAGAGAACUCAAACUUGACUUCUGUCCCUAGAGUGUUGUGUCUUACCAUUACAGUUUAUUUUCAGAUACUUAAAAAGUUGCAUGCACUUAAAAAGAGCCUCCAAAAAUGGUCUUACCAUUAUGCCUAUGCUAGAGUCUAAGCCCAUAGACUAGCUUGAAAUAUGAGAGCUUUGGACAGUCGUAUGAGACUAGAAAAAUGAAGUUGGACAAAAAAAAUUAAGUCCGUUUAAAAUAUGAGCUCAUCUUAAGCUCUAACACUCAAAGCUUAAGCUCGGCAUAUUUCGUUUUCUACUUUAUAAUAUAUAUUAUGUAAUUCAUAUAAAAUAAAAUAUAUAAGGCUACGAUGCAAAUUUUUAUAAAUAUGAGUGAGCUUAAAAUGAGUUUGAAUUAGUUAUUUAUAGAAAUAUAAAUGGAUUUUUAGAUAAAAUUUGAGGUUUAUAUUUUAAAUGAAAUUAGAUUUGAAUAAGCAUAAAAGUAUUAAUAUUAUACAUGGGCCAUAUUCACAAGCAGGAAUACAUUAUUUUAGGAUAUGAAGGUUUAAAUCAUAAAAUGUUUUAUCUAUUUUUCUUAAAUUGUUAAUUAGAGCUUUAUUAUUAUUAUUAUUAUUAUAAGUGGCUUGGUUAUCCAAUUUAUCUCAAAAGUUAACCAUUGUUAUUUUUUAAUCAAUUUUAACUAAAAGAUAAAAAAAAUUUAAAUAUUGUUUCACAUUUCUAAAGUUCUCAUACAAGAACUUUGAUAGGAAAAUUUAAGAAUAUGUCAAAAAUAUAUUCAAAUCCAAUUUCCGACUACAAAACUUAGGGGUAAAAUAUAAAAAAAAGUCAUUUUUUUUUAAAUUUAUCGAAAUGGGCCUGGUAUUUUAUUAUUUAUCGGAAUGGGCCCUUUUUCCUUAAAUCACGUCCACGUCAGCGCGAAGUCAGGGAAUGUGUCAAUAAAUUGCGUCCACGUCAGUGCACUUUGCUGACUGUGGACACAAAUAGCUUUAUUUCCCAAUUUAAAAUUUAAUAAAAAUAUUUUAAAUUUAAUAUAAAAUUAUUUUUUACAACUUUUUAAUUUUCGAACAAUAGAUGGGGUCAGUCCAAUCCGACCCUAGGUUUAAAAAACUAAACCCAAGUCCAUGAACACCUGAGGCACCACAUUUCUUCCUCUUUGUAGCACUAAAACCCCAACAAUAUCUAGGGUUUUAGCCUCCCUCUCCAUUGACGCAGACUCCAAUCUACAGCGCACACAAAAAUCAAAGAGAAGCAACGAUGUUCCCAGGCAUGUUUAUGCGCAAACCAGACAAGGCGGCAGCCUUGAAGCAGUUGAAGGCACACGUAGCCAUGUUUGGGGUGUGGGUAGCUGUUGUUCGCGUUACUCCUUACAUUCUUCAUUACCUCUCUGAUGAAAAAGAAGAGCUCAAGAUUGAGUUCUAGAGGCCAUCUCUCAUUCUUUUUCAGUUGAUCGACAAGAAGAGAAAGGAAUUGGAACGAAAAGAGUUUGCAAGUUCCAGGUUCCUUUUCUGCUUUAGUAUGAAGUCGAUGCGUAAUCAUAUUAGGUUGUUUAUGUGCUUGCUUGUUAGUCCCUUUAUUGGAAUAAAACUAGUCAUGUAAUUGAAUAUGCAUUCUUCUGGUUAUAUGUUGGAAUUUGGAUUUGGAGAGUUAUAUCACUGGUUCUUUCGGGUUCAUUGAACACAUUCUCUGAAUACAAGGCUAUUUUUUUUGUUGGAA